ACAGCCGGUGAAGACGAAAAUGGGGGACGACCUGGGAGACGAGUGGUGGCAACACGAGGGUGCAUCUGAGGGGGAGCAGGAAGAGGAGACUGAACAAGAAAUACCUACGACAGACGAAACUAUCACAAAGACAAAACCAGAGAAAAGGAAAACGAUAACUGAGACAACAGAUAAAGCUAAGAAGAAGAAAAAGAGUGAAGAGAGUCAGGGUGUAAUCCCUCAACAGAAAGAGACUGAGGAUGAAAAAUCAACUAAACCCAAGAAAAAGAGGAAGAAGAAGAAGAAGACCAUCACAGACGUGUUGGCCAGCUCUGAGCCGAAGCCGGGCUGUGCGGCCGACCUGCAGAGCAUGGUCUCUCUCUACUUCUCAGACAAGCGCUCUGUGAUCGAGCAGGAGGAGCUGACCCUGGAGGACUCCUGCUUCCUGUCCUCUAACGACUUGACGCACACCCUCUCCUCUUACCUCAAACUGGUUUGUCCCAAAUGGGCAAAGAUUCAGAAGCAGCACACGGAGAAGAGCUCUGUGAUCCUGCUCAUCGUCUGUAGCUCUGCUCUCCGAGCCAUCGAGCUCAUCAAGCAGCUGACCACAUUCAAGGGUGAAACCAAAGCGAUGAAACUGUUUGCAAAACAUAUCAAGAUUGAGGAGCAGGUGAACCUGCUGCAGAAAGGCGUCACACACAUUGGCGUAGGGACACCAGGCAGAAUCAGUGCUCUCAUUGAGAAAGAUGGUUUGACCCUGAAGUCACUGAGGUACGUGGUUCUGGACUGGAACUUGAGGGACCAGAAGCUCAGGAGGAUGGUCGACAUUCCUGAGAUCAAACUGGACUUCAUGAAGCUGCUGGAGGGCGGCAUCCUGACUGGCUGCAGGGAAGGCAAACUCAAGAUUGGACUUUUUUAACUGCACAUAAUAAAAAACUUGCAAACAAUCCAUGUGACGACUUGAUGUUCAAAGCGAUGGUGGACCUGACAACAAGCCGAGGGGCCUCUUCCUGUUUGAUUUCCUUUUGUGUCUGUGUGAAACCUGUGUUGUGUUUUUAACUAUUCUCAGAGGCCGUGUCGAAUGUUUGUUCGCUCUUGUACUUCAACACAAUGUCCCAGUGUGAUGCAUUGAAUAAACCGACUCCGAAUGGAA